AUGGAACCGAAAAAUAAUAUUAUUCCAAACAUGUGCAGUGAUUUUCCUGAUAGAUUAUCAAAAGAAUCAGCCAUUCAGACCCUCAAUAAUGCCACUAGCACCCUAAACAAGAGGAAAGAACCAUCCUACACAAUAGUUCAUUGCAAGCUCAACGACUUGACAAAUGUAGAGAGCUCUGAAAGCAACAGCAACAGUAGUGGUCCAGCAUUCUUACUCAUUCUCCCAAAUAAUUCAGUCCAAGUGGAUACAUGUAUCCAAUGUAACUGCGAUAAUCUCCAGAAUCUCAAUGCAAUUAGUGAAGACAAAAAUUAUGAACAACCCGAAUCAAAAUUCAAUGUUAUUGCCAUGAGAGAAGAUAGAUUAGAUGAAUCAUCAGAGAAUCCUUCAACAAACGAUGAUGAGGAGGAGGAGGAGUGCGAUAUUCAGUGCACCCUGGCCAUCAUCAAGCCAGAAGCACUAGAGUAUAAGAACGCGAUUCGAAAGAGAAUUAUUGACGAGGGAUUCGAAAUCUGCGCAGAGAGAAUAAUCCAUCUGACUCUAGAACAAGCGGCAGAAUUAUAUUCUAGAGAUUAUGGAAAAGUUCAUUUUCCGUUGCUCGCGGCUUAUCUGUCUUCUGGACCUAUUGAGGCACUUGUACUUGCAAAGAAUCGAGGUGUGAUAGAGUGGAGGAAAGUUAUGGGACCGAAGAAUGUAAAGGAGGCCCAAUUAUAUUUCCCGGAGAGCAUUCGCGCGAUAUAUGGAGGGAGUGACGAUAGUAUUCGGAACGUUGUCCAUGGCAGUCUCACUGCUGAGGAAGCAAGAAACGAAAUUCUCUUUUUCUUCCCCAAUUCAUAUAUGUUUUUUUGUAGUUAUCGUUGAGCCCAUCCUUCCAAGAGAAUGUAUAGCAGAUUAUUUUAUGAAGGUCAUUAAUCCUGUCUUGAUAGACGGUUUGACAUACUUGCAGAAAGAAAAGCCUGCUGAGCCUUUGCUCUGGCUUGCCG